UGCACGUGGGCGGGGCCCAGGCUUGCAAGAUCCAAAGGGUCGCACUCCGAGGUUAGAGGCCGGGGUGACGCUGGCUGGGGCCAGAGAGCUAGGAAGCACCCCGCGGACUGCCUGGGAAGGGCACCAGCCUCCGUGGUUGGAGUAGAGGGUGCCGUGCAGGAGCCUAAUAUUCAGAACCUGAGGCGGGCAGCUAUUUGUGUAAGGAAGUCUGGAAGUACCUCCUCUCCCACUGUGUCCUGUGAAAAGGAAAUAGCAGCAGUUGCAAGCACAGUCCUUGGCAGACUAAGAAAUGAGAAAAAUACCAAAUCAUGGGACCCUGCGGAUGACGAAGGUGGCAUACCCCCUGGGACUGUGCUUGGGCCUAUUCAUCUACGUCGUCUACAUCAAGUGGCACCGGGCCUCUGCCACCCAGGCCUUUUUCACUAUCGCUGGGGCAGCCUCAGGGGCCCGGUGGGGACAGCAGGCCCGCAGCUCACUAGGAUCAGCUAUACGUGGUCAUGAGGUCUUCUAUGGGAUCAUGUUUGAUGCCGGAAGCACUGGCACCCGCGUGCAUGUCUUCCAAUUUGCUCAGCCUCCUGGAGAAACCCCCACCUUGACCCAUGAAACCUUCAAAGCACUGAAGCCCGGUCUUUCCGCUUAUGCUGACGACGUUGAAAAGAGUGCUCAGGGAAUUCAGGAACUGCUGGAUGUUGCUAAACAAGAGAUUCCAUUCGACUUCUGGAAGGUCACCCCUCUGGUCCUCAAGGCCACAGCUGGUUUGCGUCUGUUACCAGGAGAAAAGGCCCAUAAGUUAUUGCAAAAGGUGAAAGAGGUGUUUAAGGCAUCACCUUUCCUGGUAGGGGAUGACUGUGUUUCCAUCAUGAACGGAACGGACGAAGGCGUAUCAGCAUGGAUCACUGUCAACUUCCUAACAGGCAGUUUGAAAACCCCAGGAAGGAGCAGUGUGGGCAUGCUGGAUUUGGGCGGAGGAUCCACUCAGAUCACCUUCCUUCCACGGGUCGAGGGCACUCUUCAGGCCUCUCCACCUGGCCAUCUGACAGCACUGCAGAUGUUUAACAGGACCUAUAAGCUCUACUCCUACAGCUACCUGGGACUGGGAUUGAUGUCAGCACGACUGGCGAUCUUAGGCGGUGUGGAGGGAAAACCUGUUAAGGAUGGAAAGGACUUGGUCAGCCCCUGUCUAUCUCCAAGUUUCAAAGGAGAGUGGGAACAUGCUGAAAUAACAUACAGGAUUUCAGGACAGAAGGCAGGGAGCCUCUAUGAGCUGUGUGCCAGCCGAGUGUCAGAAGUACUUCGAAAUAAAGUACACAGAACAGAAGAGGUGAAGCACGUGGACUUUUAUGCUUUUUCCUACUAUUAUGACCUUGCAGCCAGUGUCGGUCUCAUAGCAUCUAUAAUGGCUCUGCUGCCCCAAGACAGGACUGAGUGUGGAAAGUGCCAGCCAGGGUGAGUGGUCAAGGUGGCAUGCAACCUCUUCCCAAGACUGAUUGGCCUGCCAGGCCUGAGGAGCUAGAGUGGCACACUGUUCUGAUUGCACCAGAGUUAUGGACAUUGUAAGCCAGAACCCACCCACCCGAGCUUGGUCUAGCAGCCCACUGGGGGUCCCACACCCUAGCCACAGGCUGUCCUUACCAGAAGGUACGCAUCUUCCCUGGGGUGACCUUAGGAGGUAUGGAGCUAUUCAGUAACACAAAUCCACCUGCCUGUUGUGGUCAUGCUUGGCUCUGAAAGAGCAGUAUGAGUUAUAUUUGGAAUUCAGACUACCUUUUGCUGGGCACAGUGGUGCACAACUGUAAUUCCAGCAACUCAGGUGGCUGAGACAGGAGGGUCACAAGUUCAAAGCCAACCUCGUUAGCACCUUAGCAAGGACCUAAGCAGCUUAGUAACACACUGUCUCAAAAUAAAAAAAUAAAAAGGGCUGAGGAUGUAGUUUAUUGUAAAGUAUCAUUCUAGUUGAAUAAAAACAAAACAAAACACCUCAGACGACCCUUAAUAGUGACAUCUUAACAGUGAUAUUUACUGACUUAGAGAAUACCCAGAGUCAGGGGCCACUCCCUCCAUUACUUUUUUUUUUUAUAGAACUCUUUUUUUAACCCACAGUUGGAAAAUUGAUAUUAGAAUACUGUUGCUGAAUGAGUGCCAUGGCUUCAAGCAGCAUUUCCACCCCUAUACUUUUACUUUUCCUAACCUACAAGUUUGUGCAGUCCAUACAGUCCAGAGAUCCUGAUGAGGUUCCUUUGGGGGGAACAUUGCAGGGUUUGGGGGGUGAUGAUCCUUGAAAGCUCCUCUAUCUGUUUGAUCCUGUGGGGAACAACUGUCCCAAUUUGGUCUAGCUGUACCACCUUAGAGGCCACAAACUGGCUGGGGUGUAACUCUGGUGGAGCAUUUGUGUAAAAUAUGCAAGGCCCUGAAUUUCAUCCCCAGCACUGCAGAAAAGAGAAAUCAUGACCCAUGAGUGUAGAUGGCUACAUAGAACCAGGGGAGGCUAGUGUCUGCAUCUCUGCACCUUGGAAUUCCUGGGAUGGGGUCCCUGGGCACCAGCCUCAAGCCUCAGCAGGAUCAUGAGCUUCUAUGGUACUCCUGGAGACUGGGUGCCUAUCUCAUC